UUUUAACAUCCUUUUUUUGUAAAGAUAACUAGUAAAAGUAGAUAUGGUGAUUCCACACGUAAUGUGCAUCCACAGACUGGCUUUCGUGGCUGGUUUGUUCUUUGAGGGUUUUCCUCCGGUGAUACGCCGGUUUCCCUCAUCUUUAGAGAAUCGCUCUAAAGAAUAACAAAAAAGGGUGGCCAUGACCGGGACCUGCAGUAGGGAUUGUAUGGUUAUCGGGUUGGAUUCCCGAUCCACUCAAAUACAGCGGGGUGUGGCAGAGUUAAUAUGGUAAUUUUCUUAGCAAGGAAAUUUUAAAAAAAGGAAUUUCAAACGUCUUGAAAGGACUUUUCAUCACUGACACGUCACAAUAACCCGAUCUUAUCCGAAGUUUAUAACUUUGGUUCUGUUGCCUCGAGAGAAAAAAUAGCUAAUAAACAACCUAAAGGAAACGCCAAAUUUUUAUUUAAGCUAAUGAAAACUGCUUAUGUCUGACUGACAUAAAUACUUUUUAAUUUUUUGACUAAUCAAUUUUCCCACAUUCUCAAUUUAAUUUUGAAUGAUGGUAAAAAAUGGGCAGUAUUUUAAUAAUCCUAUAGUUGCAGCUCUCUUCUGGCUGAUACUACUCCCACAGAAAAGUUGUAUAAAGACAGUAUGGCAAAAUAAAUUUGAUGACUGGAACUCUUGCAAAGCUCUACGAUUGGUGCUUAUGAUGCCUGGAAUGUGUAUGUGUAACAACAAGUUAACAAAAUCAAUGGUGGUCAAGUUACUGUAUCAGGUUGUUUUUGAUGCUGGAAGUACGGGCAGUCGAAUUCAUGUGUUUGAAUUUCGCCAGGAAGAAAGAGGAAUCAAGUUGGAGCAUGCUUACUUUGAACAUGUUGAGCCUGGAUUGUCAUAUUAUUAUGGUGAACCAAAGAAGAGUAUUACAUCGAUUAGUGGUCUGUUACAAAAAGCUCUUCAGGUUAUACCCAAAAAUAAAUGGACAUCAACACCAGUGUCAUUAAAAGCAACUGCUGGUUUACGUCUUCUACCACAAAAUGUUGCUGAUGACAUCAUGCAAGAGGUUCGCAAGUUUUUGUUUGCUUCACCUUUAAAAAUCAAGGAUGCAAAUUCUGUUUCAAUUUUGGAUGGAGAUGAUGAAGGUAUUUUUGCUUGGACUACAUUGAAUUUUUUGACAGAAAAUCUUUUUAAAUUAUCUACUGGGACUGUUGGUGCCCUUGAUCUGGGUGGUGGAUCAACUCAAAUUGUAUUUGAACCCAACUUAAAGGAAACUCUUCAAUCCAGUCCAGCAACGCAUAUCAUUAAGAUAACCAUAAUGGGAACAGACCAUUAUCUGUAUUCAUUCAGUUAUCUUGGCUUAGGUUUAAUGUCUGCAAGACAAGCAGUGCUACAAUUAACUAUGCAAAGUGAUAAUAUUACAUACAGCCCUUGUUUUCCUCCUUCAUACAAAGGAUUGUGGUCUUAUUCUGGUAUAGACAUGAGUAUUCAAGGUGAGGACUCCUUUGGUUAUGAAAACUGUGGUCAUUAUGCUGAAAUGAUUGUCGAUAAACUGCACAAACCAGCUGAAAUUAUCAACAGAAGAUUUUAUGCAUUUUCAUAUUUUUACGACAUCGCCUUUGAGCUUGGCCUCCUAGAUGAUCCUAAUGGGCAACUCAUCUCUGUUGAUUCUUACAUUGAUGCCGCCACAAGGGUUUGUUCUAAUCAAAGUGACAAGGAUACAUCAUCUAGACGUCCAUUUCUAUGUCUUGAUGCUGUUUAUGCUACCAUCCUAUUGUGCAAGGGUUAUGGAUUUCCUGGUUCACAAAUGAUUAGGAUUGCUAAACAGAUCAAUAAUGUUGAAGUGAGUUGGGCACUUGGAGCAGCUCUACAUGCGCUUGAAAUUUUAUGAUUGAAAAUUUGAUAGGUGGUAGUUGUUUUAGCAAUCAAUAUGUCCAUCAAAAGAAACAACUCUUGGUAUGAUCAAAAGUUGUUCAUUCAUACAGCUAAAUGAUGUAAAGCUCUCCAAAUCGAAGUGUACACUUUGUAGAUAAGGGAUAUUAAGGGUCUAAGAUUAUUUAUUUUAGGAAAUCUAUUUGAAUUAAAUCAAAUACUGAAAACAAA